AUGCGCAAAGGAGCCUUGACUUGGUACAAGAGUCUCCCCGACGAAUCCAUUACGUCGUGGAAAGUACUCGGAAAAUUUUUCUCCAGGCACUUCACGGCCUCCCGCAGACAUCCGAAGUCGGAAGCCUCCCUGGAAGCCAUCAUCCAGGGGAAAGACGAAUCAUUCAGGGCCUACAUAGAAAGGUUCAACAAAGAGGCCAUGCAGGUGUCCGCAAUAGCCCACAUGAAGAAGUUGUUGCUCGAACGAGGCCUCCGGCCACAUUCAGAUUUCGCCAAAGCCGUCGGAAUUGAUACGCCGGCCAUUUUGGACAAAUUUUUCCUCAAAGCCCAGGCGUAUAUACAAUAUGAGGAAAAAGAGGCCGCUCACGCAGUCCGCAACUCCAAACAGGAAGAAAACUCCAAAAGCUCCCAACAAGACGAUUCCCGCCGGGGAUCCAACAAGAAAAAAGAAGAUAAAAGUCGAGAUCCUAAGGACUGCAAGGCCCCAGCAGGAAAAUUCCGAGAAUACACCCCGUUGAAUGCAUCCAGGGAACGCAUCCUAAACGAAUGCGCAAACGACGGAUUCCAAACGGGCAAGGUUCGCUUCCCAAAAUCCGUGUCCGCACGGCCAAACGCGGACAAAUCGAAGUUCUGCCGCUUCCACAAGGGCCACGAGCACAACACCGAGGACUGCAUCCACCUGAAGGACGCAAUAGAGGUCCUAAUCGGAGAGAGGCACCUGAAACAAUACGCUAAGAAACAAGAGGCGGCCAAGGAAGCCAAGUCAGUCGUCGAGGAAAAACCAGCAGAGGAUACGUCAGCCAUACAGGUAGCCAUGAGUAUCACCAGACCAGAGGACUUUUACCUCCCUGACUGGGCUAGAAUGUCUUCCCUCCUCUCUCCUCACAGCCCAUGGGAGUUCUUCCUGUCCGCCAUGGUUAUCUCCGGGGGAGGAUUCAGCAAACUCAUCGUCGGAUCUGUAAAACGGAAGUUCGACGAGCUAAUUUUAGCGAAUUCAAGUAAAGCCGCUACCCUCGACCUCGCUAAGGGAAGCUCCUUCCCCAUAGCUUUUUACCGGGAAGAACUGUCGGGUGGUGCUCCCAACGCAACCAUCCCUCUCCUCAUCCGGGCUCGAAUGACCAACUUCGACGUACGCCGCAUUAUGGUCGAUCAAGGGAGCUCAGUGGAUAUUAUGUACACCCAGCUAUUUAAAACGUUGCAACUGGAUGACCGCCAUCUCACCCCCUACGUAGGCUCCGACCUACAGGGCUUUAAUGGCACUGUGACGAAACUGUGGGAUUCGUCGAACUUACCGUCUCGGUUGGGUCAGCAGAAACCGCAAGGGUCGUCAAAGUUUCAUUUUCAAAAAUUAAAUUUUUACUAG